AUGGCAGCAGCUUUAGAAGAUACUCCUAUUUCCUAUGAGGAUUUGGCUGAAAUUGAGAGGGAAUUUGAUGAUGUUGAAACCGAGAUUAUUCGUCAACAAGUAUCCCUCACUCGACCUCUUUACAUUCGUCGCAAUAAAACUAUUUCACAAAUUCCAAAUUUUUGGGCUCUUGUACUCGAACAAGCGCCUCCUGAUAUAGAUCAAUAUAUUCAACCAUCCGAUUCCGCACUUUUACUUUCAUCACUCACUUCUCUUCACGUAUCACAUUUCGAACUAGAAGAUUCAACAACUGCCAGUGGAGGAGAUCCAAGAUCUGUAUCAAUUACAUGGACAUUCUCUUCCAAUGAAUAUUUCGAAGAUGAGAAAUUGGUCAAGAAGUUUUGGUAUAGAAAGAGUCUUGGUGGAUGGAGUGGAUUGGUUAGUGAACCAGUUAGAAUUCAUUGGAAAAAGGGAAAAGAUUUAACAGGAGGUUUACUGGAUAUGGUUUGUGAUACUUGGGAUGAGGAACAGAAGAAUAAAUCCAGCGGAGACGAUGAAAAGAAAGCAAAGAAUAUGACAGCGCAACAAAGGGCUCUCGAAAAGAAAAUGGCAAAUACAAGUAUGGGAGGUUUAAGUUUUUUCGCAUGGUUUGGAUUUAUUGGUCGAAGAAUCACCAGGAAGAAAGGAAAGAAAGUUACAGAACCAGAAGAUGAUGAGGAUGAAGAAGAUGAAGAGUUAGGAAUGAGUUUAGAAAUUUUCCCUGAUGGAGAUGAACUCGCCAUUGCUAUUACGGAAGAUUUAUGGCCUGGUGCUAUCAAAUAUUUUACAGCAGCACAAGAACAGGAUGCACUAUCAGAUGCGGAUUUUGAAUCAGAUGAUGAUGAAGACGAAUUAAAUGAAGCAGAGAGACCAAUUAAGAAACAAAGAUCUUCUUAA